AUGCAUAUUGAUGUUGAUGAAAAAAGUUCAUUGACGUAUCCAGGAAGUUUAUUUUAUCCAAUAAAAUUUCCAUUUUUACCUGUUUAUCGUAUCGCUUUUUGUCAAUGUAAUCGAGAAUGGUCUGGACGAUAUUGUACAAUUGAACAUGCUUGCAUGUGUUCAUCUGAUUCAAUAUGUAUUGGUGUCUCAGCUUACCAUCGAUCUGUAUGUGUUUGUCCUAUUAAUAAAUUUGGUGAUCGAUAUCUUCUUAUCGAUACAAUUUGUCAAAUGGAUAAGAAUUUAACAUGUCAACAUGAUGGACAAUAUAUUCCUUCUGAUGAAUACAUGAUAUCGAAUCAAAAAUUUGAACGCAUUUGUCCAAAAGGCUAUAUUGGUGAUCGAUGUGAAAUAAUUGAUAACAAAAUAAUUCUAUCAUUUGGGAAGACUGUUAUUCUCAUAACAGCAAAAUCUCGUCAAAAAUCAAAUCUUCAAACUAAUCAAAGUUUUCUUACAUUGUUAAAAGAACAAAUACGACAACACAAAAAUUUAUUUACUGCUCCUAUUCUAUUGAUUAUUCUUGCAUUACCACGUUUAAUCCUUUUAUUUGUAGCCAAAUGUAUGAAAUCAACAAAUGAUACAUGGUUACUUCUUAUUGGAUAUUUUAUCUCAUUUAUUCCACCUAUGCUUACAUUUAUUGUAUUUAUAUUACCAUCAAAAUUUGACAAACAACAGCUUCAUAAAUCUCUCGUCGCAUGUCGUACUAGAGUAUAA